AGCCAAGAGGCGUAACCCCGCUUCCAAAGGUAAACAAAGGCAGGAAAGGCGUUAUUGAAGUUGAAAUUAGGCCACGGAGCUGUUGAAAGUUCUCAAAUCUUAGAAAAAGCAAGAUAUGCAAUGUGAACUUUGAGUUAACUUUUAUCUUCUCCUUUUUAUUCUGUUCGUUUAUUGCUCAAUUUGAGGUCCAAGCCAGGUCACAAAUGCUAUCAGAUCAUUUGAAAAUAUUCUAAACAUCUCAACAAAAACAAGCUUCAGCCAUGAGGGAAAUCAUCCUUUACACGACAGUGACCAUAGUAAUCUGGGCACUCUCGCUUUCUUGGCUGUUUCCAUUAUUAAUCGUUCUUAAAUUCAGCCAAACUUGUCGUGACAAGUGGUUCUCUUGGCUUCUUGUUAGGGUCAGUGGGCCUCUGUUUAAAACUUUAGUUGAUAAACAGAGGGAAAAAGCAUUUGAUCUUUUGAAGGAACAUUUAGGAGACAAGAAGCGGAAAACUCCUUUAGAAAUCCUAGAGAUUGGCGUCGGAGGAGGAGAUAAUCUCCAAUUCUAUCCAGAGAAUGCGAAUUUAACUGUAUUGGAUUCAAAUGAGUCGUUCAUAAAAUACUUCGAGGAAAACCGACAGAAAUAUCCUCAAGUUAAUUUGAAGAACAUAAUAAUUGCUUGGGCCGAAGAUAUGCACGAAGUUGCUGAUGAAUCAUUUGAUGUUCUGGUGUGUACUUUGGUCUUGUGCUCAGUAAAGGAUGUUCAAACAGUUUUGAAAGAAGUUAAGCGUGUACUGAAGCCUGGUGGAAAGUUUCUGUUUUGGGAACACAUCAUGUAUCCUAGCUCUUCUUGGAAUGCAACUCUACAGAGGUUAUUGAAUCCUCUUUGGAAGAUAUACUUUGAUGGCUGCAAUAUAAAUCGAAAACUUGAUGAGGAAAUAAGAAAAGCUGGAUUUUCAGAUCUUGAUAUUCAAAGGAAAGAUCUUGAACGCAUAUGGAUAUAUGUCAGACCUCAAAUUAUUGGAGUAGCAACCAAGUAACUUUAUGAUAAUCACGAUGCUUCAUAUGCAUAAUAUGAUUGCAUUAUUUGUUACCUCAUGUCUCUGAUUUUUAUAAAAAUGAUAUUGUUCAUCAACAAUAAAAACAUUAUUUUGUUAUUUAUGUUACUAAUCAGUCGUACAUAAAGCAAUUAUUGAAAUAAAAUCCCCUCAAAGAAAAAUGACUUAGUUUUAUGAAAUUGAGAAUAAAACUUUUUAUAAUAGC